UAUUGAAUAGUCCGAGUGUCCAAAAAUAACUAAUUGAAAAAUUGAAAAAGAUGGUAAUGUUUUGAAGAUCCGAAGACGAAUCCAUUUUCAAUUUCUGACCAAAAAGGGGAAGAGAUUGAAUUCAAAUCUCUCUCUUCUCUCUCCCGUGACGACGACAAAGCCGGCAGAUAUUUCCAGAUCUCAUCAUCAUCAUCAUUCAAUCUUAUUACGAGAGAGAGAGAGAGAGAGGGAGAGAGGAAAAGAAGAAGAAGAUGAUUACGAUCCCAUACCUAACCGCUGUAUCGACCUACUUCAGCUACGGAUUGCUCUUCGCCUUCGGGCAGCUCCGCGAUUACUCCCGCCGAAUCUUCGAUUGGUGGAGCACCAACAAUCUCCAUGGAUACGCCCCGAUCUGCUUGGCUCAUGAGGAUUUCUACAUCAGACGUUUGUAUCAUCGCAUUCAGGAUUGUUUUGGACGUCCCAUCUCAAGUGCACCUGAUGCUUGGGUUGAUGUCGUCGAGAGGUUCUCUAAUGACAACAACAAGACCCUCAAAAUAAACCAUUGCAGGAGAACAACAAAGAGCACAAGAUGCCUUAACUUGGGGUCUUACAACUAUCUUGGAUUUGGUUCUUAUGAUGAAUACUGCACCCCUCUUGUUAUCGACUCUUUAAAGAAAUUCUCCCCAAGUACAUGCAGCUCCCGAGUUGAUGCAGGGACUACAUCUGUGCAUGCGGAACUCGAGGAAUGUGUUGCUAAAUACGUGGGCAAACCUGCUGCUAUUGUCACUGGCAUGGGCUACGCAACCAACUCCGCUAUCAUCCCUGUCUUGAUUGGAAAGGUUUGUUUUUGCUGCUAUCUAUCUUGUGGUGAUGUUACUCCAAAAACCUAUGUUUUACAGGGAGGGCUGAUAAUAAGCGAUUCUUUGAACCAUACCUCAAUUGUCAAUGGUGCUCGAGGUUCAGGAGCCACUAUCCGUGUCUUCCAACACAACACACCUGCUCAUUUGGAAAGAGUGUUGAAAGAACAAAUCGCUGAGGGACAACCUAGGACACACAGACCCUGGAAGAAAAUCAUGGUUGUUGUUGAGGGUAUUUACAGCAUGGAAGGGGAAAUUUGUCAACUGCCUGAGAUUGUCUCAAUAUGCAAGAAGUAUAAGGCUUAUGUUUACUUGGAUGAAGCUCACAGCAUUGGAGCAAUUGGAAAAACAGGCAGGGGAGUUUGCGAGCUUCUUGGAGUUGACACAGCUGAUGUGGACAUAAUGAUGGGAACUUUUACCAAAUCUUUCGGAUCUUGUGGUGGCUAUAUUGCCGGAUCCAAGGACCUCAUCCAAUAUUUGAAGUACCAGUGCCCGGCUCACCUUUACGCAACAUCAAUCUCAACUCCUUCCGCGCAACAAAUCAUAUCGGCCGUAAAAGUUAUCCUGGGAGAGGACGGUUCUAACAGAGGUGCACAAAAGUUAGCAAGGAUAAGGGAGAACAGCAACUUUUUCAGGGCUGAGUUGCAGAAGAUGGGAUUUGAGGUUCUUGGAGACAAUGAUUCCCCAGUCAUGCCGAUAAUGCUUUACAAUCCUGCCAAAAUCCCAGCCUUCUCAAGGGAAUGCCUGCGAGAAAACGUGGCAGUUGUGGUUGUUGGUUUCCCAGCUACACCUUUGUUGCUAGCCAGGGCUCGAAUUUGUAUAUCCGCAUCCCACUCAAGAGAAGAUCUUAUUAAAGCUCUACAGGUUAUAAGCAAAGCAGGUGACCUUACCGGAAUCAAAUAUUUUCCGGCGGCUCCAAAGAAGCAAGAAGAAGUGAAAGAUACCAUCAAAUUGGACUAAAAGGAGGGGGGGGGGUAAUGGCAUCAUCAAUUUCUCGUACCAGAAGAGGUUUGAUCAGUACUAAUUAGCAUUAGUUUACUCGUUUCCCUUGCGGGUUCGUCUUUUGUUGGUGUCCCUUCUACUUGUCUUGAAACUUUGUGAUUCUUCUUUCAUUUUGGUUCCUUGGUUUUGUCAGAGUUAAAAUUGUAUAGUUGACUUCUUUAAGAACAGAGAUGACAUUUUGUGCUUCACGAAACUAUGUUGUCCAAAUUUGUAAAAACCAA